AUGUUGCCUGUUGUGGUACGUCCUUUCGCUCGGGGACUACAACGAACAGUUGCAUCGUUUUCCACAAGUGUGCCGGCAAAUGAAGCUGAGAAGAAAAAGAAACCCACUGUUCUAAAAUUGGAUGAGGAGAAACGAAAACGUCUGGCUAACUUCGGUCGAUAUGCAGCUGAAUGCCUCCCAAAGUUCAUCCAGCAAGUGCAGUUUGCUGCUGGUGAUGAAUUGGAAUUGCUCAUCCAUCCAUCUGGUGUUAUCCCCGUUCUUACAUUCCUCAAAGGAAAUCACUCUGCCCAGUUCACGAAUCUGACCUUUGUUUGUGGUGUCGAUGUACCAACGAGGAAAAACCGUUUUGAAGUUGUCUACUCUCUUUUCUCUCCGCGAUUUAUGGCUCGGUGUCGCGUGCGCACUUACACCGACGAAGUCGCACCCAUUGAAUCCAUUACCAGCGUAUUCAAAGGAGCCGAUUGGUACGAACGAGAAGUGUAUGAUAUGUAUGGUGUAUGGUUCAACAAUCACCCUGACCUCCGCCGAAUCCUAACUGACUAUGGAUUUGAAGGCCAUCCAUUCCGUAAGGAUUUCCCGCUCACUGGAUAUAACGAGGUACGAUACGAUCCUGAACUGAAGCGUAUCGUCUAUGAACCGACAGAACUAGCACAGGAGUUCCGGAAAUUUGAUCUAGAAACCCCGUGGGAGACGUUCCCUGCCUUCCGUAACACAUCGAUAACGAGCGGAUACGAGAAGAUCCAUCUAGAUAAGGAACCAGAAGCUAAGAAGUAG